UGGUACUGUGGUAUUUUAAUUACAUCCCUGUUGAUGUUUUUGGUUUUGGGAUAUUGUGUGAUGAGGAAACCUGUCAAGGAAAGUUAUGUUACAAGUUCUUUCUACUUCAAUAUGACAAAUCCUCUUGAAUGGAUAAAUGCUAUGGCUCCUCCGGCAGCUCACCAUCCAGAAACUAUUACUCAAGUAAUAUCUGCUGAAAUUGUUGUCUCUGAUCUUUUUAUUGAGAGGAACCUGUCAGCUCAGGAGCAACAAUCUCUGUCUACAUGGUAUCAAUUGAAAAGGUUAACUACUCGUAAUCUAGUCUUACCUAAUGCUAUAGAGGCAGUUAAGGAAGCCAGUGUUGCAUGGAACAACCUCAUGAGUGCAGUAGAGAGGAAAAAAUUCGAUGCAAAUGAUAGUUCAAUUAAGGCAGGGAAACAGAAACAAUGUCCUCAUUUUCUUAGCAAAACCAAUGCUACAGAACUUGAUGCGGGCGGCUUUAAGUUACGGCUUCCUUGUGGUCUGACUCAGGGUUCUUCCAUCACAAUAAUUGGCAUUCCAAAUGGUCUUCUUGGGAAUUUUCGGGUGGAUUUGACUGGUGAGCCACUACCAGGUGAACCAGAGCCUCCUGUUAUUCUGCACUACAAUGUUAGGCUCCAUGGUGAUAAAAUAACUGAGGAUCCCAUAAUUGUACAAAACACCUGGACAAUUGCACAUGACUGGGGUGAAGAGGAGCGCUGUCCGUUACCCUCAAAUGAAAAGUGCAAGAAAGUGGAUGAAUUAGACCAAUGCAAUGAGAUGGUAGGUAAUGUCAUGGCUACCCGGCAUGUCACUGCAACAAAUAAAUCUAGCUUUGUUCAGGAUGGGGCUAAAUCAAGAAAAUACUUUCCUUUCAAGCAAGGAUAUCUCUCGGUUGCCACUCUGAGAGUAGGCUCUGAAGGAAUUCAUAUGACAGUAGAUGGAAGACACAUAACAUCUUUUGCUUUCCGUGAAACUUUGGAACCAUGGCUCAUAAGUGAAGUGAGGAUAUCGGGAGACAUAAAAUUAAUUUCUGUUGUCGCAAGUGGUUUACCAACAUCAGAGGAUUCAGAGCAUAUAAAUGACUUGGAAGCCUUAAAAGCAGCUCCUCUUCCUCCACGAAAAAGACUAGAUCUCUUUAUUGGUGUAUUUUCUACCGCAAAUAAUUUCAAACGUAGAAUGGCUGUCCGUAGAACGUGGAUGCAAUAUGAUGCGGUGCGGUCUGGACAAGUUGCAGUGCGGUUUUUUGUUGGCUUGCAUAAAAACCAAAUGGUGAAUGGAGAGCUCUGGAAUGAGGCUAGGACAUAUGGAGACAUCCAGCUGAUGCCUUUUGUUGAUUACUACAGUCUUAUCACUUGGAAGACCGUUGCCAUCUGUGUUUUUGGGACAGAGGUCGUUUCUGCAAAGUUUGUCAUGAAGACAGAUGAUGAUGCAUUUGUUCGGGUGGAUGAAAUCUUAUCUUCUAUGGAGAGGAUUAACGUGGCUCGUGGAUUGCUAUAUGGUCUUAUUAAUGCAGAUUCCCAUCCUCAUAGGAGUCAGGACAGCAAGUGGUUUAUCAGUCCAGAGGAAUGGCCUGAAGAAACUUACCCUCCUUGGGCACAUGGACCGGGUUAUGUUGUCUCCAGCGAUAUAGCAAGAACAAUCAGCUCGAAACAGAGAAAAGGUCGCCUAAAGAUGUUUAAGCUGGAAGAUGUUGCUAUGGGCAUCUGGAUUUCAGAAAUGAAGAAAAAAGGGCUGGAAGUGAAGUAUGAAAAGGAAGAGAGGAUUUUUAAUGAAGGUUGCCGUGAUGGUUAUGUUAUUGCACAUUACCAAGGCCCUAGAGAGAUGCUCUGUCUUUGGCAAAAGAUUGAAGAGAAAAAAACGAGCUUUAUGUUGUGGCGAUUAACACAAAGUAGUUUUCGUUUGAGUUCUGAAGGCUCAGAAGUGUCUAUAACUAAGAUUUGACAAACUUCCUGCUGACUUUUUCUAGUAGCUGACCAAGGACACGUACUUGAGGUGGAAUAUUAAAUAGGUCGGGAAGAAGAGGCCAAGGUCAUGCUUAUACCACAUUGUUGUAUCAGGCGGUAGAGUAGUUACUAGCAUAUUGAUAUAAGUAGGUGAUUAGGUUAGCUUGUUAAAUAUACCACUAGAUAUUGAUUAGUGAAGAUGUUGGGGAAGGGAUCUGUAUUAUAAAGAGAGCCAAGUGGAGGGGCAUUUAUGUUGUAUAGAGCAUGGGCACACUAUGUACGGUGAUUAUUUUGUAUGUAAAUCACACGAUCUCUUGUACCCAUUUCUUGAGUGAUGGAGAGGAUUGAUGUAUACUACAGUAUAUUUUUAUGUUGGAGUUCUUGUCUGCAUUACAUCCUGUAGCAACUGCAAUCCUUAAGUGAACAUGAGAAUUGCUGCUAAUUCCAAUA